GCGACUGCCCUCCUUGCGGUGCUGCUGAAGGUGGCCAAGCAGGCGUUCGUGGAGGCAGAGCCUCAAACAUGGCAGUCAGUCCCCACCCGCCAGGGGGGCGACCAGCACCGCGCCAACGCAAAUCUGCGUCGAGCCAGCAGGAUGGCAACCACGACUACCAACCCUCUCACUUGGACGCGGGCAGAGACAUUUCUGCGCACUGGGAGCUGGAGUGGUCUGGGUCCAACUGAGUGGCAGCACACGACUCAUGGAGGCUCAGAUGUGUACAGGCCCCUGCGCGCGUACGCUGCUGACGGCCGCAGUUUCGGCACCGUGCCCACGUGCACAAAGCAUCAGCGGCAGACAAAGAAGCUGGUGCCUGGCUGCCAGUUCUUUUGGUGCCUAGAGUGCCGCAAGUGCAACCUCUUCGUGGUAAUGGGGGAUGCUGAGUCACCUCGCACAAUCUUUGAGGCACUGUACACGAGGUUUCCGUCAGCGCCGCGGCGCUUCUGCUUUGACAAUGGAUGCAACGUGCACAACUACAUCCUCAACCGUGAGCCACAGCACUUCAAGGAGAUGGAAGUGUACAUUGACGAGACCCACUGGCAAGGCCACAAGCAUUGCUCAGUAGGGUACAACACUGGGGAGUACAAGGAUUUUGUCAACUCCCCGCUAGCGGAAGAGAAGAAUAGAUUCCUAGGGAUGGCUCGCACGCAAUGUGCUUACAUGCAGCAGAUUACUUUCUUGAGAUAUCUGAGAUAUUUCUUAUACCGCCUCAACAAGCUAGAAGCAAUCACCACCGCCGGUCAGUGCUGGUGGCGGCGGCCGUCCAAAGGCCUAAAUGUAUGAUCAUCCUAAAAUGCAUGUGUCAUUAGGCCCAUGAAGAGUGUCGACCUGUAUUAACUACUAUAUUUGCUAAAGGCCAUGGUGGUUCAAAAUGAGAUCAUUGUUGUGAUCUCUACAGAUUUUAGUUUUGCCGUUGUC